CGGGUACGCUGGCAGAGUAAAAGUAAGUAACGUUAUCGCAUGAUUAGUUUAAUUGCGCUACUCUGUUUUACGAGUACUACUUGCUAUACAAAUUAUUUUUAAAUCAAAUUAAAUGUACCUAGUUAAUUUCCGAAUCGUAUCUGUACUCUGGUAGGUGGUAAUGAAUCUGCUUAGAAUUAGAAAGUGGUGAGUGACAAUAUGGCAGGAAGUGGGGCGGAAGUCAACAGAAAGUCAACUGACGAUGAAAUCGUGACAAAGCGGGCGGAAACGGAUUCGAACCCUUUGACUACCCUCCGAUGGCGGAAGAACAGAUCGCCAAUACGACUUUCUUGCAUUUCGAUUUUCCAGUUUACUGUUUUCCACUUUUCCUUCUUUGCUCCACAUGUAUUAUUGUUUUUCCAUUCAUUCGUUUUAGAAUGUACACUAAAGAACAUUUUAAAAAUCAUCUAUAGUACCACUCCAAAGUUCUCCAUUAUUUUUUCCGGAAUAAUCCUCCUUGUUUGAAUGACAAGCUGAUAGCAGAUCCUGCCCAUAUACACUGCCUGCAUCGAUCCCCAUCUACGAGCUCCACCGUCAAUUCCCUCUUUGCACACCAAAUUCAUCAUAAUCGCGUGUCCAAUGAUGGCGCACACGGAGUGACUAAUCCUCCGUGUUUUGUACGAUCAUCUGUCGACAUCCAUCGCUUCGGGUUAAGCGAGCAGUCAGUCGGCCAGACAUCAACCACGCUCUCCAUGAUCAGACGAUGGAUCCACUACACCCCACAAUGAACCACCACAACCUGACGUCGACCGUGGAGAGGAAAUUCGUCCAGCUGCAGUAUCUCGGCACACUGACCUUGUGUCCAGGAUACUGCGGGAGAAUAGCUACCCCCGACAAUCUCCUCUCCGAGUGCAUGGCUUGUCCGCGCGGUACCCGCGCCAGCCAGAAGAAUUCCCUGUGUGAGCCCUGCCAGGACUUCCUGACCCCCUACGCCUGGAUGUAUCUGGCCUUUAUGGCCGCCCUGCCCCUCAUCUUCCACCUCACCGUCAUCGAUAUGAUCUUCCGCAAAUGGCGAAGGAAGAGCUAUGUGAUACUGCAGCUGUCGGCGCUGCUGGAGGCCGCCGCAUCAGCGGUGAUAACUAUGGCGUUUUUCCGGAAGGAUGAUCAGUUUCGGAUGCGAUUUUGCGGCGCGGACCGGCUGGCGGACUGGUACAGCGUCUUCCACAAUCCCAAACCGGAUUAUAUCCACACCCUCAACUGCUCACAGGAGGUCGUCUAUCCCUUAUAUUCCGUGGUGUUUGUGUACUAUUUUCUCUCUCUGCUGCUGAUGCUGAUAUGUCGCGGUGUAUCGGCCAAAUGGUCAUGGAACGGCAUGGCGCGGAACGCCCUGUUAGGGGGAUUAUACCAGUAUCCGGUUCUGUUGGCGGUCCACGCCGGCUGCGCUGGACUGCUAUAUUUCAUUUUUCCCUACGUGACGAUCAUCGCGGCGUCCGUGACAUCGGCCAUGCACUGCUCCCUCAUCAAAAAGCAGACAUUAUGGGAGAUCCUCAAGGGCCUCUUCUCCUCCAUCCACAGCGUCAUCGUCGUUGUGGCGCACUGGAUUUUAUUGGGAUUCGGUGUGUUGGCCAUUUAUUACAAGGACUCCGUCGUGGAUAUUCUGAAAAUCGCCCCCAGCGUCCUGGCACCGCUCAUCAUCUACCUGGUCACCUUCCGCUUGACGGAUCCGAAGAAAUAUUACGAUCACUUUGAGUAGGACAAAUUUUUUAAUUUUUUCGUUGAGUGUGUGGAAUUUGCAUUUUUUUGUUGAUGUGUUUUGGUUUGGCCUCUGAAUUGCGACGAUCUCAUGGGAUUUUCUGCACGGGUUAGCAGCGUGGGUACACCGUACACCACAGUGAUAUCGGGGGAUACUGUUUAUGUUGUGAUUGAUUUUUUUAAUUAUUUUUUUGCUGCUUUUGUAUUAGUUUACACGGGUGUGAUUUCUGUUGGAAGAAAAAAA